UACAAUAAUCGGGAAGCAACUUCGCAACAACCCACAGCCUUUCUUCUUCCCCGAAUCGCGAAGUCCAUAGAUUCUUUCCUUCAGAAACAAAUUUGCAUUUGCAGAGAAAUAGUUCGAUUUUAAUAGCAAUCAUUGAUAUUAAGUUUGUUGUUCCCAAUAAUAAAGAAUACUAAAGUCCCGAUUAAAAAUAUUGAUAUGAGAAUCCAUCGAACUUAAAUCCCUUGAUUUUCAGUAUAUAUACGAGUAGAGAAAAGAAUCCGAGCUUCUAGAUGCGCCUCUCUCUCUUUUCAUCUAUAGUAGCUUCUUAUAAAUCUCCAGUUUCAACCCCAACGCUGAUCAAAUUUAACCCCGAGCUAGUUUUUCUGAAUACAUUUUAUCCUUAUCUCCGCCGAUCUUCGGCUACUGCUACUACUGGUAGUGACUGCGCAAUAAGCAAGAAUUGUGCUGGAAUGGCGUCGGCGAGUUCAAAGCUGGCUGUGGUCGGAAAUCCGAAACUCAUUCCGAGGGAGUUGGAUGAAGUCGUCGGCAUAGCGAGGAAGUGUUGGAUCAAGUUCAAGAAGGAGGCUACCUUCGCACUGUACACUCCAUUUCUCGUCUGCUUGGCUUCGGGAAAUCUCAAACUCGAGACGUUCAGGCAUUGCGUCGCACAGGACGUUUAUUUCCUGGAGCCCUUUGCUCAAGCGUUUGAGGUAGCAGAAGAUUGUGCAGAGGAUGAUGAUGCAAAGAUUGGGAUUAAUGAGUUGAAGCAGAUUACCCUAAACAAACUCAGAAUGCGUGAUUCUUUUGUCCAGGAAUGGGGGAUUGAUGUUGUCAAAGAUGCUAGUCUGAAUCCAGGAACUAGAAAGUGCAUAGAUUUUUUAUUGGCUACUGCUUCAGGAAAGAUUGAAGGUGUGAAAGCUUCUGGUAAACUUGUUACUCCCUUUGAGAAAACGAAGUUGUCAGCUUAUACACUUGGUGCUAUGACACCUUUCAUGAGACUUUAUGCCUACAUCGGUAAGGAGUUACAGAGAGUUAUCGAUGGUGAGAGUAAUCAUCCGUACAGGAAGUGGGUUGAGAACUACUCCUCUGAUAGUUUUCAGGCAUUUGCAUUGCAGACAGAAGAGUUGCUUGACAAGUUAAGUGUCUCUUUGACGGGGGAGGAGCUCGACAUAAUUGAAAAACUAUAUUAUCAAGGGAUUAAACUUGAGAUUGAUUUUUUCUUAGCUCAGCUACUUGUUCAGAAAUCUGUUGUACCCCUAUAUGGAGAGCCUAACCCAGAAAAGUGCCACCUGAUGAUGUUUACUGAUUUUGAUUUGACAUGCACUACAGUUGACUCGUCUGCCAUUUUGGCUGAAAUUGCAAUUAUAACAGCUCCAAAAUCUGAUCAAAUCCAAACAGAGAAUCAAAUUGCUCGUAUGACAUCAGGUGAUCUGAAAAACACUUGGGGGGUUCUCUCCAAGAAUUACACAGAAGACUAUGAGCAGUGCAUUGAAAACAUUAUGGUCACUGAAAAAGUAGAGAAGUUUUACUUCGAAGGUUUGAGAAAAGCACUCGAGCAAAUUUCAGAAUUUGAGAAAGGAGCAAACUUAACGGUGGUUGAAUCUGGAGUGCUUAAAGGACUUAAUUUGGAAGACAUAAAACGAGCUGGGGAACGGUUGAUGCUCCAAGAUGGCUGUGUCAAAUUUUUUCAAAUAUUAUCUGUCAGAAGAAAGGAUGAUAAUGUGAAUGCCGAUGUUCAUGUGCUCUCCUAUUGUUGGUGUGGUGACCUCAUUAGAUCUACCUUUUCAUCAGGAGGUUUAAGGGAUGUGAUGAAGGUGCAUGCAAAUGAGCUCAUAUAUGAAGAAUCUUUAUGCACGGGCGAGAUGGUGAGGAAGGUGGAGUCCCCGAUAGACAAGCUUCAAGCUUUCAGGGAAAUCCUCCAGCAGCAGCAGGAAAAGUUUGGUGGUGGUGGUAGUGGGAACGAUGAAGAGGAGAAGAAACUGACGGUUUACAUUGGAGAUUCGGUAGGGGACUUGCUUUGUUUACUUGAAGCAGAUGUUGGGAUUGUGUUGGGCUCAAGCUUAAGCCUUAGAAGAUUAGGGUAUCAUUUUGGGGUCAGAUUUGUUCCUUUAUUUCCCGGUGUGGUUGAGAAGCAGAAAGAGCAUGUUGAGGAGGGAGACCCUUCAUCUUCCAGUACUACUUGGAAAGGGUUGUCUGGCGUUCUUUACACUGCUUCAGGCUGGGCUGAGAUACACGCUUUUCUUCUUGGCUCUUAGGUUUUUUUUUAUUCUUUUUUUUUCCAGACUUGCACACCUGCCACGUUAAAUCGAGAAAAAGAAAUUGUUGAUAGGAAUGAGAUAUACAGCUUGAGAUGGCCAUUUUUAUUGUGGGCCACCCUGCAACGUUUGUUCUUACUCCCUUUAGGCUACUAUGCCUCCGAAAUGUAAAUCAGUAAAUGUGAAUCAUCUGGCUGCGCAGAUAUUUUGUCCUCUAUAAGUGCUAGUUUGAUUCAGUUCA